AUGAGCAAUAGCCAGAUCUCCGCCAGCUGGACUCUCCAGCAUUCCUCAGAGUCGGUUUUGUCCUUCGUACAAGGCAUGCUUACAGCCGCCACCAGUGACAACAUCCAACCUCUUGCCAUUUUGGUCGCCGAAGCAUUCGGGAAUACUCUAGCAAUAUGUCAGCAAACACAGAUGCUGGUAGAGAAGGAAGCGGGCAAGCGGCACGUCUCGCACGUCGUUAAAUUUCUCCAUGCCAAGGUUGGCUAUGCGGCAAACGAUACAGCUUUCCAAUUGUCCUUGACAAGUGCUGGUGUGAGGUUUAUGAGUCUCGUUGCAGCACUCCUCUGCACUGACGACAUCCUCAAUGCUGCGCGGGCGAUCGAAAUAAUGAUCAAUGCCACUUCGAGAAGCGACCAACUCAUGCCCACAGUCUUCCAAAUCCGAGACCUCAUCAAUGCCCUGGAUUACAAGCUUCGGAGACUACAAUUUGCUGAAAGUCUCGCUGGCUGGGAGCACUAUAUGGCAACUCAUACAAGCUGGCCCCACUGCUAUCUAUCCUUGGAAACACACCCGGGUCCUGAGGAGUUGGCUGCCCUGGUCGGCGCAUUUCGAUCUAUGGAGAGAAUUGGGGACGCUUCUAAUAUCGUAAUUAGAAGUGGCAGGCACCAUGCGUGGAUUAUUGCCUUCACGAAAUGGUGCCUUGGAUACCCACCACAUGUCAUUGCCGAGGAUGGUACCGUUUUGGUUGGACAAACUCCCAGCAAGGUGGCGAUGAUAACCCAGAUCCAUCCCUCUCUGGCCAUAGAGGUCUUCCGAGCGGUCCAAGGUCCGUCUGAAUUGUGGAGAAGUUUAGAAGGGCCUUUGAACCAUCUACAUUGGAAUGGCCUGAUAUCAGUGAAAGCUUACGGUGCUCGACGCUUACGAUAUUAUGGCCUUCAUACUCAGCAAGAAUUUGCUACCAUGGCGCGGGUCUUAUUCACUUCCACCAAACUCGCCACGACGCGUCUCAUAUCUGUGGAAGGUGAAAACACGGAAGACUAUAAGCAGUUCGGUGCAAACAUAUGGCCUUCAGAUUUGGAACUUCAUUCGACCAUUGCCUCAUUUUGCGGGCUAGAUUAUCCGCUCACUGAGUUUCCAGAGGACUUGCCUGUAUCUGUGUCAUCUCUGCGCACUUACGAGGACCGACUCGUUGAAAAGCGUACCUGUAGGUUUGAUGCGCCGGACAACCCUAUGGACAAGCCCUGCAAAGUUAAAUCCGUUCGUCAUGCCAUCGUCGAUAUGACGACGGACAUCCUUGCUAUUGCAGUUCUUGACUUUGACGAAGAUGUCCGAAUCGUCGCAUCACGAACCACUUACUCUGACUCCCUCUCCAAGUCCAUUCAAAGCGCUUUAUAUGGGCCAGACACCUCCCGAGACGACCAACCCCGCCGAGAGCACACCCUUCGAGACCGUAAAGUUUCGAUCCCAAGUAUAUUUGAUGUAAGCCUUUCGCUUCUCGGCCACACAAGUUUAUCUCCCGGCACAGGCGAAAGGCGCUUCAAGUCCAGACAUCCCACAUUCGUAGCCAAGGCCUUCGAUAAUAACUCUGCAAGUCAUUGGGUAGCAUCAGCGUCCAUGGGCCAGGUUGUCUACCCAGCGUACUUCGACUCCUGGAACGGCCCCAUCAAUAGUCUACCACUUGCGAGAUUGCGUGUAGGCCCGGGGUCAAUUCUGUACAAUGAUCGCAGGUAUGAGUAUGUCGCGUUUCACCCAUACGAUACUCUUAUUCUCGAUGAAAUUGAUUCUCAUCAAGAUUUCCCGUGUCAAACUCCAUUGAAUCUUCUCUGGGAUAGAAAAGUCCAAUGGUGUAUCAAGGAGGAAGAUGGCUUUCUAUCACUGGGAAUGGGAUUGACAAACUCCUUCACGAACCUCAGUCCGAUGCGAGCGCUACAGACGGCAUGUUUCUCGCUUUUCAUACCGGCUUGCACACAUCCACCAGAUAAUCCUUUGCCAAACGAACAGCCGUACAGUGGAGCCAGGUUCAUCACACCGUUUUACGCAUAUCUUUUUUCAAUCAAAGAAUCGCUUCCUUCCAUUAGUAUUGUGGCAGUGUCUGAAGACGAAAGCCUGCGCUCUUUUGCUCUAUCCACUGGAUGCCCAGCUGUGGUCAGGGGCUCCGCCUGCUUGAAAUGCUGUGUGGACAUAUAUCUGAGGAACAAGGAUCACUGCACUCAUAUCAUCUGCUGA